AUUGUCUCUCAGCUGAGCCACAAAGGUGACUGACUGUUUGACGUAGUGUUUCUUAUUCCAUUCUUUGAUUUUAUAUAUGAACAGCGUUUCACCAGUAAAUUGUGGUUAACGAUUUAAUUUAAGACUUUCCUUUAAUAGGUUUAUUAAAUUUGCAGAAAUGAGUGAAUUAAGUCAAGAGGAGAUUAGAAGACGACGGUUAGCAAGGCUAGCAGCUCUUGGAGGAACAGGUCCCUCACCAGCUCCUAUAAGCCCUCCAGUCACACCUAGUGCCUCUGUUCCAUCAGAUGUCUUAAAUACACAAUCGACACGUCUAUCACCCACAUCGUUGCCAAGAAGUUCUACAGAAAAUACACCAGACACAAAUACAGGACAAAAUUAUUCUGAGAAUAAAAAUGAAGUAUCAGAUCAAACAAAAAUAUCAGCAGAUGGUUUAAUAGUUACCGAAAAGACAGAUAAUAACUUAUUAGAUGAGAUGCCUGAUACCAAAAUGACAGAUUUAUCUCAAACAAGACAAUACAACAGCUUUGAUUCAAUGGGUGAUGACACUUUAUUAAGCUGUGGAUCUGUUAGAGUGGCGGCAUUACCACAGUCUACUGUAAGUGGAUCUGAAGGAGUCUCCAUUAGAGAAGACAGUACUUCUAGGUCAAUAUCUCCACCCCAAUUUGUUGAACCACCACCUGUCAGGCCAAGGACAAACAAUGCUUCUCCAAGCUGCUCUAGACGCUCUUUAUCAAUGGAAGUAGAUGAUGUUUCAGAAAGAAAUUCGCAGUCAGAAAAUCAACAAGAGCCAAUGGAGGUAGAAGAAAAUGAUACUCUUCAAUCACCAUCUCAUACAGUGAAAUUUACUGAGCUGACAGAAGAACAGUUACGAAUUAUUGUAGGCAAAAUGUUACAAGUUACCUGGUCUGAAGAGAGUUCUGGGGGAAUUUUUGUACCAUCUGUAGCCGCAGCAUUACUUGAUAAUCCUAAGCUAUCUAUAGAUGAAUUAGCAUCAGAAGCUUUAAUGGAUGUAAUGUUGCAAAUAGUUGAUGGAUCAGACCCGUUAAACCACAAAGCACUAGUUGUACUCCUUAUGAAGCAAUCAAUGAAAGAAUUGAGUGAAGAGUGUGUUGAUGAUCUCUUUGCAAAAGACCCAAAUAAUUUAGAUAUGGAUACUGAAGAGGGUGAAUGUCCAUCACCACUUCUACCUUUACCAAAAGACAUUACUAAUCAAGCAUUAGCUGUGAGCUAUUUAUUAAAAUUCUACUACAAUGUUAAUGUUUAUGAAAGAGAUAACCCAAAAAAAAGUUCAGUGCCGCCGUUGAGUGAUUUGAUUUUAAGUAUGCAAUCUUUAAUAGUCGAUCACUUAGUCUUAGUGUUGAGAAGGAAAUUUGAGUUGCAAAAAAGUAGAAAGUCACCACUUCUUCCAUAUCUUAUGACUGGAAAUACGCCAACUGGUCUCAUUCCUGAAAUACUAUUAAACACAUAUGAGGAUCAAGAAGCUCUCGAUGAGGUAUUUGUGCCAUUACUAAUGGGUAUACGUGAAGAGAUGCGUCGACGUGUGUCACCUCUUGUAAGUCGGGGUGAGAGCGCGGCCAUAAGGGCGCUCCGGUCCCUGUGCGAACUCAGGGAUGGACCUAGACAUUCUGCUAGACCGAUCUGUGCGCUCAUAGCCCGUCUACCCAGUCUAUGUCCAGAGUCAGUCACGACUGCACCAGGACGGGAAAUUGCAAGAGUCAGCUUCCUUGGACCUUUCUUUGCUAUGUCAUUGUUCGCUGAAGAGAACCCUCUUUUCGCUGAACGAAUGUUUGCAUCUGGAACUGAUCAAAGCCUAGCAUUUGCGCUACAGAGAGAAGUUGAAGCCAGUCGAAGCACAUUGCACAGCAUAUGCCAUAAUAUCCUUUUAUGCCCGGAAGCAAGAGAACCAUUCCUGAUGUACUUUGCGGCUUUGCUGCAGAGGAAUGAGAGAAGAGCGCGGUUGCUGACGGAUGAGAGAUCGCUGGCUGGCGACGGUUUCAUGUUGAACGUGUGUUCGGUACUUCAAUUGCUCUCCGUUCGGAUCAAGUUAGAGGAGAGAGUGUAUCCGCUAUACACCUUUCAACCAGGCACAUGGCUAAAUAUACGUGAUGAGACGAGGUUGUUCUUCACCAAUCAGGAGGCACAGGACUGGCUGGAUGCACUUAAUAAUGACCCAAGCCAUUCCUGGCCUGAAGCAAAAUUCCAGACGAUUUGUUGGUUCCUCACACUUCACAUGCAUCAUGUCGCUCUCAUACCCGCCCUACACACGCAUCAGAGAAGAAUCCGCGCAUUCCGUGACCUACAAAAGGUGAUCGAAGAAUUAAUGGCCGCGGAACCACAAUGGCGGAACAGUUUCACGGCAGUGCGGAAUAGGGAAUUACUUCGUCGAUGGAAAAGGCAGAUAAAAAGACUGCAUAGGUCAAAACAGUGCGCUGAAACAGCGCUUUUAGACCCGGAACUAAUGCGUCGUGGGGUCCAAUUCUAUUCGUCCGUUUGUGCGUUGCUCGUGAAGCAAUUGGAUGCAGCUCGCGAUGCACCGGACGCGCCAUUUUCGUCGCCUGCGCACGCCUUUAAAGCCACGCCCGAGUGGUACGUGGAAGAUGUCGCGGAGUUCAUGCUAUUUGCCGUUCAAUACGUCCCACAAAUCGUGGCAUAUUACAUAGAGGACCCGAUCGUAACCUGGCUCUUGAGCGCCAUCUGCAAUUCUCAUCUUAUAAAAAAUCCGUAUCUCGUCGCCAAAAUAGUGGAAGUGCUGUUCGUGAUAAAUCUAUCGUUACCAAUGAAGUUGAAGAAUGUCUACGAAAAAUUCAUGGAUCACCCAAUGUCCCAAACGGCCCUGCCGAGUGCGUUGAUGAAGUUUUACACGGACAUUGAAACGACGGGCCAGAGUACGGAGUUCUACGAUAAGUUCACGAUACGAUUCCAUAUCAGCAUUAUUUUAAAGGGCAUGUGGGAGCGGCCGAUUCAUAAACAAGCCAUAGUGAAGGAAUCACGCUCGGGUCGUCAAUUUGUGAAGUUUAUCAAUAUGCUUAUGAACGAUACAACAUUCUUAUUAGACGAAUGCUUAACGUACUUGAAACGUAUACACGAAGCACAAGAUGCGGAGACGUCUGGAACGGGAAGCGAAUCGCGGACGCGUGCGCUUGCGCAGGACGAAAGACAAUGUCGCUCAUACCUUACUCUAGCUAGGGAGACAGUGGACAUGUUAGAAUAUUUAACUGUGGAGAUCAAGGAACCGUUCCUUCGUGCUGAGUUGGUUGAGCGGCUCGCCACGAUGCUCAACUUCAACCUUCAGCAACUCUGCGGACCUAAAUGCAAUAAUCUGAAGGUACGUCGUCCCGAGAAGUACGGCUGGGAGCCACGGAGGCUGCUAAGUCAGCUAGUGGAUAUCUAUUUGCAUCUCGACUCACCGCAGUUCCACGCCGCACUUGCUGCGGACGAGCGUUCUUUCCGCAAGGAGUUAUUCGAAGAGGCGGCUGUGAGGUUAGCCAAGUCCUGCAUCAAAACGUCCACUGAAAUCGAGAGGUUUAAAACUCUAGCCGACAACGCAUACCAGAUCGCUAUAUCAAACCAGCAAAAGAGCGAAGAAUUCGCAGACGCGCCUGAAGAGUUCAGAGAUCCCCUUAUGGAUACUCUGAUGACAGAUCCAGUCUUCCUACCUUCGGGCAAGGUCAUGGAUAGAUCUGUGAUCUUGCGGCAUUUGUUGAAUAGUGCGACCGAUCCCUUCAACCGACAGCCUCUUAGUGAGGACCAGCUACGUCCAGCUUCGGAACUCAAAGAGAGAAUAAUUCAAUGGCAACGCGAGAAGAAAUCUUCGUAGAUAUUGCUAAUACAAAGUCUGAUGUACAUAAUGUUUUAUCGUGUAAAGACUUAGGACAUUGUCCAAUGUGAUUUAAACAUUUCUUGACGAGUAUUGCUCGGCCAUUUGAAAGAGAUAACAUCCUUUAUAUAGUGUUGUCUCUGUCGCACGCUCGUCAUUAAAUAGACCUGUCAUAUGUUCUUGUUGAAAUUAAUUUAAAGUAGUUUACUGUAUAUGGCGUAUGGGUCCAUCUCGUUAGAACUAAAGGACUUUUUUUUAUUGUAUAUUACUGUUCUUGUUUUGGACGUGCGAGCGAGAUGUAUAGACACUAUCUCUUUCUAAAUUGCGUGCACGUUGUAUACGCAAGUUUGACGGACUGUGGCAAGUUUUUGAAUGAAUUUCGCUCGAUUUUUUUUAAACUUUUCCGAAUACCUAUUUAUUUUCUGUGCAAAAUAUAUAUGAUAUCCCAAAAACUGAUAAAAAAAAUCGCGUAUCUUGUCACUCAGUAUGAUGCAGUGUGGGACAAUUUUUUUUAAUAGAAUCUGGAACGAAAUUUGUUGUAUUUUUCGUUCAAUAUCAUGGCCCAUAAAUAAAAUCAAAUAAAAUUAUUGUACUAUAUAUACUGUAUUACGCCGUAAGUGCUUACACUUAAAAAAAUUUAAGUGAAACUGCACUUAACAAAAAACAUUAAAUUUGUUGUGUUUUUAUUUGUUAUGGGCCAUGAUAUUGGAACUCAUAUACUUUGCUUACACCAAACUUACAUCAAUACAAUUGAGUUCAGUAUAAUCUCAGAAUUCGAACUUGUAGUCCUGAGCUAAAUUUACUGUAACGUUAACCACGGCCAUACCAAAAGUAUGUGUGGUGUAAGCAAAGUAUGCAUUCAAUAAAUCGCCUUCCUCAAAAAAUCCCAAGCGUAGAGAAAGAGAAAGGCUGAGCGAUGUACUUCGCAACAUUUUUGUUUUCGACGAUAAUACCAAAAUAUUUUGAUAUGUUAUACUGUAU